AUGCUGGGCACGCACUUGUCUGGGAACUGGCAGCACACUGCAGGCCCUCUGGACUUAGAACAGUGUUCCCUCAAAGUGCUGGAGCCAGAAGGAAGUCCUAGCUGGAGUCUCCUGAAGCUGCUGGGGGAUCGUGGCUGCACUGUGGUGGAGCUCGUGGAGUUCUUGCAGGCCCUGGAGCACACAGAGGCUCUCCAGUGUCUCAGCCAUUCAGGUAUAAAGAUUGUUGUACAGCCAGACUCUCAAGCGGUGCUCUCUGGUCAGGUUGUCAAGCUGUGUUGUUGGGCAACAGGACACCCAUUUGUGCGUUACCAGUGGUUCAAGCAGGAAAAAGAGGUUCCCCAUGGUAAUUCUCCAGAGCUGGUUUUGAAUCCAGUGAGUGUAAACGAUUCUGGCUUUUACAUCUGUCGAGUGAACAGCGAAUCCUCCUUCGUGUUCAGUCGGUGGGCACGGCUUGAAGUUUGCGAUCUCCAGGGUACAUCUCAUGGGAGCUUCGCUGGUUUGCCUGAAAACAAGUUGCGCAUUUGUAUUCAGCCUCAGCCACAAAACCUGACAGUGGGGGAUGCUUUGGUACUAGAAUGUGGAGCUGUUGGAAACCCAAUUCCUCAUUACCAGUGGUUCAGAAAUGGCUUUCCCUUGGCAAAUGGGAGCAAAAAUGUUUACAUGGUAACUUAUGUGGAUGUGGAACAUCAAGGAACAUAUUGGUGUCACGUAUUCAAUGACUGGGAAGAUCAAGACAGCAAGAAGAUAGAAGUUGUUAUAGGAAGGAAAGCUAUGGCAGUGGAGUGCACAGAAGAAGAUCUAAGUGAUCUUCAAAAACCAGCAGACCUACAAGAACAAUCCAAUCACAGACCUGUUGCAACAGACAAGGUGGCUCUGUUAAUAGGAAAUAUGAGCUACUGGAAUCACCCCCAGCUCAAGGCUCCAAUGGUAGAUGUCUAUGAAUUGACCAAUUUGCUAAGACAGAUGGAUUUCAAAGUUGUUUCUUUGCUGGAUCUUACUGAGUCUGAGAUGCGAAAUGCUGUGGAUGAAUUUUUACUUCUCCUGGACAAAGGAGUAUAUGGUUUGUUGUACUACGCUGGCCAUGGCUACGAAAACUAUGGAAACAGUUUCAUGGUUCCUAUUGAUGCUCCAAAUCCCUACCGGUCUGCAAACUGUCUGUGUGUGCAGAACAUCCUCAAACUAAUGCAGGAAAAAGAGACGGGACUUAAUGUAUUCCUGCUGGAUAUGUGUCGGAAAAGAAAUGAAUAUGAUGACACAAUUCUUAUCUUGGAUGCUCUGAAGGUUACGGCCAACAUUGUUUUUGGAUAUGCAACGUGCCAAGGAGCAGAAGCUUUUGAGAUUCAGCAGUCAGGGUUGGCCAAUGGAAUCUUCAUGAAGUUCUUGAAGGACCGUUUGUUAGAAGACAAGAAGAUUACUGUUCUGCUUGAUGAGGUUGCAGAAGAUAUGGGCAAGUGUCACCUUACCAAAGGCAAGCAAGCUUUGGAGAUCCGCAGCAGUUUGUCUGAGAAAAGGGCAUUAACUGAUCCCGUUCAACAAACCACAUCUUCUGCAGAGUCUCUGGCACGGAACCUGCAGUGGGCCAAAGCUCACGAGCUUCCAGAAAGUAUGUAUCUUGAAUUCAGAUGUGGUGUUCAGAUUCAGUUGGGGUUUGCAGCUGAGUUUUCCAAUGUCAUGAUAAUCUACACACGAAUAGUAAAGAAGCCACCUGAAAUAGUAGUUUGCAGAGCCUACGUUACAGACUUCGCACUCGACCUGGAUGUGGAUCCUAAAGAGGCCAAUAAAGGAACUCCUGAGGAAACUGGAAGCUAUUUAGUAUCGAAGGACCUUCCCAAACACUGCCUCUACACCAGGCUCAGCUCACUGCAAAAACUAAGGGAACACUUGAUCUUCACUGUUUGCUUGCACUAUGAGUAUCCAGGAAUAGAAGAUACAAUGGAUGAAAGGAAGGAAGUUAAUGUUGGGAAGCCCCUUAUUGCUAAAUUAGGCCUUCAUCAUGGAUUCAGAAAAAACAACUGUCUUCAGACCUGUUGCAUGACUGAUAAUCCUUUUCAUGAUCAAAUAGAAUCAAGUCCAGUGGCAACUAAAUACUACAUCCCUAGUCAUUGUCCACCAAAUUCCUGUCCAGACAUUUACCAUCCAAACCACAUUUGCUCAAACAGCAUCAGACAACCAGAGGUGUGUUCCUGCAGUGGGACUUCAGGGAUAUUAACUUCACGACGUGAAGUACAGACUUACUCAUUCCCUGUGGAAAAGAGUAAUGUACCAGUGGAGACCACUGAUGAUACUGUUGAACUGGAAUUCCUUCUCUCUGACCACCUCAGAUUCUCUGAGCAGCAGUAGCUGUGAUUUAUUCAGAACAGAGGAGAGUACCAUCUCUGGUGGAGGGGUCCUCCCACACUGCUUUUCCGUCUUCAGGAGUUUGGAGCCUUCAGGACAAAGGGAUUGGAGAGUCUAGAGAUGGUACUGGGUAUAAGGUUACGAUGAAAAUUUUUCAGAUCCAAAGAGUUGAAACUGAACUGAUAGAUUUAAGAAUGAAAAAGGCAUGAUUUUUUUUCUCCUACCGUUUGACAUUUGAUACAGGGAAAAACCUAAAAUCCUGUUUCUUGUUUCAUUCUCUGGCAGUCAAGCAGCCAACGAACAGAGGCAAUCCUGUGUUUCUGGGAGGAAGCUGCCAGUCUCUGUUAGGGGAUGAAUGCAUAAAAACCUGGCUCUGGUGUCAAAAUUUCUCUUGAGGCAGCAAAGCCUUGGAUCUUCCCAGGUGCUUCUCCAAUACCUACUGGAGUUAAAAGAUUUACUGUAAAUGUAUUUUUCAUAAAUCUGUUUUCAGAGAGGUAUUGCUCAUCCUAUACAAAACCAGAAUAAACAUGUAUAGCUGUCAGAGGAAAAAAUGUUGGCAGAAUUAAGCAGAAAAAUGAAGUUCCAUGUCUUCUAUGAUUUAACAUGAUAUUUAAAAAUCCAUUAGCCCCAAAGUGAUGAAUACACCUUUCUGUCUUCCAUCUUUCAGUUUCAGUUGUUCAAUAUCCAGGGAUUUUUUUUUGCAUACUGCAUUAAAAUAAGGUUUUGUGUGUUUAUAUAUGUUGUAACAGCCUUGUGUAAGAUGACACAUAACGUAAAUGAACUGAGAAAAGAGGGAGCUUUUACAGAAGUGAAGAUACUGUGUUAAUAUUCCAGUGUUAAGAAUAUGUCUCCUUCAAGCCUCAGUUUUUUUUCCUUCCCCAUGUAUGUAUUGGGCUCAGUUACUAACAUUCUGGUCCCUUGGAUGUAGCUUACAGCCAGUUUUGACCACAUUCUCCUCAUGAUCAGAUGUCCAGUGUCUGGCAGCAACUGACAGAUGGAUGAAGAGCUGUGCAAGGAAAACAAAACCUCAACUGAGCUAGUAGACAAUAUUAUUGCUUUUUUAUUCUUUGUUGGGUUUUUUUGAGAGCUGCAAAUCAUCAAAGGGUGCAGAGUCACAGAUUGUGACUCAGUGGUGGACUGUUCCUAAGAAAGUCUUUCUCUUCUGUAACACACUUAGGAUUUUUGCUGAUCUGAUUCUGGAAAGAUGGUCUUUUCAUGUUCUGGAAGAACACUAAAUGGAAACAUGAGGAAAAAGUGCCUGUUCAUAGCAAGCAAAGCAUUGCGUAGGUAGUCGUACAGUAAGACCCGCAGAAGACUAAAAAUGAAUGGGCAAGAUGAGUGGAAACUUUGGGGUUCUUCAGGGUGAAGUAUGAGGAUGGUGCUCCUGGACACCAGCCAUUGCUAAAAACAAAACAAACCCUACUCAGUUGUUUUCCAGGCCAAAUACUUAUU